UGGGACAGUGGAGAGAGGGCGUAGUGUGUUGUGCACGCGGCUCGGCCUCGGGAAUCUCGCGCUCUCAGGUUAAUUUAUUGACAACGCGGAGUUCAUCGCGCGCGGAGUGUGUUAGUACUGAGUGAAUGAUAACGCCAAAUUUGAAAAGCGGGCUGGAAGAAAUGGCAUUUCAGCUCUUUUCGCAGAACGAGCGUGGCGCUGCUGCUGGUGGUAGCGGUGACGUCUGAUCAGGGAUGGAGCUUUAACAUAACAUGAUAUAUCUACAGCAACCGAAGAAGAUGUUGAAUUCAAUUGUUUUAUCGUCAUGGCAAACGGAAUCGGCAGCAUCAUGUUGAAAUGCGUGGUCGUCGGCGACGGCGCCGUUGGGAAAACUUGUCUGCUGAUGAGCUAUGCCAACGACGCCUUUCCCGAGGAAUAUGUGCCAACUGUCUUUGAUCAUUAUGCAGUCAGUGUGACGGUUGGAGGGAAACAAUACCUGCUGGGGUUGUAUGACACUGCGGGUCAGGAGGACUAUGAUCGCUUACGACCCCUCUCCUACCCCAUGACAGAUGUCUUCCUCAUUUGCUUCUCUGUUGUGAAUCCGGCAAGCUUCCAGAACAUAAGAGAGGAGUGGGUCCCUGAACUGCAGGAGUAUGCACCCAAUGUACCUUACCUGCUCAUUGGCACACAGAUCGACCUGCGUGAUGACCCAAAGACGAUUGCCAAGCUGAACAAUGUGAAAGAGAAGCCCAUUGUGACAGAACAAGGCCAAAAGCUUGCAAAGGAGAUUGGUGCCUGCUGUUAUGUUGAAUGCUCAGCACUGACACAGAAAGGCUUGAAAACGGUGUUCGAUGAGGCCAUUAUAGCCAUUCUGGCUCCUAAGAAAGGUGCCCUCAAGCGAAGACUGGGCCCACGCUGCAUUAACUGCUGCCUGAUCACAUGAGGGGG